AUGUCAUUUCAACCUGUCAAUCCAAAACCGUACCUUAAUUCACUCAUUGGUCUUAAAGUUUGUGUGAGGCUUAAAUUUUCGGGCACAGAAUAUCAUGGUACGCUCGUCUCGGUAGACAAUUACAUGAAUGUUUUGCUUGAUAAGGAUGUCUGUGAAAUUGAGCAACAAGAGCCUGGACAGUCCCCAGACUUGACGAAAGGAACACCAUUAAACAAUCAAGUGUUUGUACGAUGUAACAAUGUAAUGUGGAUUGGGAAAGAUGUCUAG